AACCCACAAUGCAACUAUUUAGUGGGCAUGAACUAGUUUAUUUGCAACAUAAUCGUGCACAAAAAGUAGAUGAAGGGAGAUUUAUAACAACAUACCUUAAUCAUAAUAACUGCCGCGCAAAAUUAGAAAAUUUGGACUUAAAAGGACUUUUUCAGUUUUGCGGAUAAAAACAAAAAUAUCAAAUAAGCAAUAACUUUUAAACAUUUUCUUUAAAGUUUACGCGACAUAGAGGACGUUUUUUUGGAUUAGCAAAACUUACUCCAUUAAGAGAGCAUCAUGACACUAUGAUUUGUAAGAGUGGUAUUUAGACAUGAUCAAGUUUUAUUGGUUAAUACUGCUGUCAAUAUGUUUCGCUAAAGUUUACAGCCAGUGUUCAGGUGCAACAUUAGUCGUAGAGUUACAGUUGUUUACCACAAUAUAUAUCGAAUCUCCAAAUUUUCAAUCUGGAAAUUAUUCACAAAAUCUUAACUGCUCCUGGAGAGUUAUAACUUCUUUAAAUACAAGCAGCCUUCUUUAUAGGGUUCAGCUUAAAACAAUGGUAAACACUAUGGAUAUUUUGAAGAUUUUCAAAGGUUUAGAUGACACAGGAGGAGUCUUGAUUGAUACCACCAAUAACGAUUCUCCAGAUCAAACUCGUCGAGGGACAGCUAGCGUGGCGGGGUUAUACGUACAGUUCACCUCAGAUGAUGACCCAACAAAUAAUGGAAAAGGCUUUACAUUAAAUAUCAUUGAAUCUUCUGAUAUGUCAGGAACAGCAUGUUCAAAUACAAGUUUCCAGGAAGCUGAAUCUACACCAAAGUUUAUUACUAGUCCAAAUUUUCCAAUUAACUACCUCGAGAAUACAGAAUGCUCAUGGAAUAUAUCUUCUACAGACAAUUCAGUUAUAGUUAUAUCCGUGGUGUAUAUGGAUAUUGAAAAAAACAGUCCUGAUUCUUGUUAUGAUUCUCUUCAAAUUGGUGAUUCUGGCAAACUUUGUGCAGACGAGGAAUGGCAUGAUGCAUCAUUAUACGCAUAUAAUGACUCUGUUUCAAUCAAAUUUAUAAGUGACUUUGAACAAAAUAAGAGGGGAUUUGUGCUCUCGUACAUGAUGUUAAUGAAAGACCCCAAAACCACAGAAAAUAUCGAAGAGCAAAAAACAUCAACGCAACCAGUAAGUACAUCGUUGUUGUUUACAACAAUUACUGGCCAUGAAACGUCAUCUGAUUCUCCUUUAUCAUCGACACAAACAUUCAAUUCAUCGUUGUCGUCAACAAAAAUAACUGAACCACAAACAACGGACACUUAUAUUCUGUCGACGCAAGCAGCGGAUUAUUCUGUAUCAUCGACACAAACUUUCAACUCGUCGUUGCCGUCAACAAAAAUAACCGAAACACAAACAACGAACACUGAUAUCCCAUCGACGCAAUCAGCAAGCACAUCAUCACUGUCUAUAACAACCUCAUCACAAAUUAUUGUCACUGUCGAUUCAUCAACCAAAUUAGCAAAUACAUCUUUACUAUUUUCAACAAUAACUGAGCUUCUACCUACAAUCGAAACUACCGAUCAAUCAACAACAACAAAAGAUUCAAGUUCAUCGUUAUUUUCUACAAUUCUUAAAGAAUCAAAUAGCACAGAUAUUAAAGUUUCUUCAACACGUACACGAAGCACAUCUUUGCUGUCAACAACAUCAUUUACUCAAACUACUGACACUACAGAUUCAUCAACGUGGCGACUAAAUACAUCGAUGAAGUCUCCAACAACAAUCGAUAGUUUGACUGCUGAAACUGCGUUCAUAUCUUCCACAAUAGCGUUGGAAACAACAACUGAAGAUAAAGAGCAGUUAACUACAAGUACAGCUAAACCAGAGGUGGAAAAGAGUUGUCAUUUACAAAGAAGCUCCGGAUCCUGAAAGGUAAUGUUUAAAAGACCUUGUAGACAGCAACGGAAUUUCUGUGCAAAAGCGUACCAUUAAAAUGUAGCAUUCGUAGCAGUGAAAAUUAUGUCGGCGUUUCCUGGGUUACGACUUGUUACAUUAUAUGACUUCUUGAAAUGAUUUUUAAUAGUCAUGAGCAACACGAGUGGUGCCAUAAGUCGAGCAGGAACUACUUAAUAUCCUUAUGAAUUCGCGCUCAGAAUAUGAUGUUGCUAGCCAUAUUUAAUCUCGUGCUGUAUGAGCAAUGUUGUGUUGACAUUUGGUUAUCUUUCUUUAUAUUCUUUCGCUCGUGUGUUAAUAGAUAUAGGAAGAUGUGGUAUGAGUGCCAAUGAGACAACUCUCCAUCCAAGUUACAAUUUAUAAAAGUAAACCAUUAUAGGUCAAGGUACGGCCUUCAACACGGAGCAUUGGCUCACACCGAACAGCAAGCUAUAAAGGGCCCCAAAAAAUUACUAGUGUAAAACCAUUCAAACGGAAAAACCAACGGUUUAAUCUAUAUAAAAACGAGAAACGAGAAACACGUAUGAACUACAUAAACAGACGACAACUACUGUAAUCAGAUUCCUGACUUAGGACAGGUGCAAACAUUUGCAGCGGGAUUAAACGUUUUAAUGGUACCAAACCUUCUCCCUUUUCUGAAACAAUAGUAUAACAUCACAACAUAGAAAAACACACUAUAAAAUAUCAAUUGGAAGGCUUAACUAAAUCAAAAAACGUAAAUUAACACACAAUGAACGAAUAAAUUUGACCUGUGACACCUGAAUGCAAAUACACAGUUAACAAAAAAUUUUGUCUGUUUUUCUUCGACUUAUGAUUUUUUUAAAAUUUUUUAUAUAUAUUUGUCUUCCACUAUACAGAAUCAUAAUAAUAGCCCUUAUGUGAUAUGUCACCCAUGUCCUGUAAUGAAUCCAGUUAACAGAAUGGUGUCAACUGGAGAUAUAUUAAAGGCAUUGUACAGUGUAGAAAGGUCUAAAAAGUUAAGCACUGAACUGAACCAUGGAAUUAUUUCAAUACUUAUAUUUAACCGUGUUUUGCAGACCAAAGUACUUUGCCAUCAGCGGCAGUUGGAGGAAUUAUCACAGCAGCUAUCAUAGGAGUAGCAGGUCUUGGGGCUUUACUUGCUGUCAUUGCUUAUUUGAUGAUAAAGUAUACAGGAGGAAAGCAUGAGAAAAACACC